AUGAUAGCGACCUGGGGGCGGAGCCCUGCCGGUGCCACCUGCUGCGGGGCGGCCUGGCGCCUGCGCUCUGGCCUGUCGCCGGUCUACCUGCGGGGGCUGGCGGAGGAGGAGCGCUUGCGCUCCGGGCCUUUCCGCCAGGGGAAGUCUCGCGGGGGCGGGGCGGGGCGGGGCGGGGCUGAGCGGGGAAGUUCUCGCGGGAUCUCGACGAGGAGCGGAAGCGAGGCGGCUGUGCUGCUUCAGCUACCGGACGGCGGCGGCGGCGGCGGCGAAGACGACGACGACGACGAAGACUGUGGCGGUGACGGCGGCGGGAACGGGCGCUGCUCUCGGGGAGCAGCAGCGGGGUCGGCGGCCGCUCGCACCGCUGCGGAGGGGCCGGCCGGGCGCGGAGCGGAGCAGCUGCGCCACGGUGAGUGCGGCGGGCGGCGGCGGGCGGCGGCGGGCGGCGCUGGUGCGGUGCCCCUUCCUCCCCGCUCCUCAGCGGGAGUCGGCCCGGGGGGCCCGGGCCCUGCGUACCGAGGGCUGCGGGGCCUGGAGAAGGGCCCCGAGAGAAGCCCGGGAGCACAGGGUACUCGUUCUGUGAGUCAGUCUGACUUGGCCCGGGAGGCGGGGGACUCGCAGCGGGCUGCGAGUGUGGUGAUCGAUGCUCCCCCGACCUGCACGGUCACCACGUCACCAUCGCAUGCUGAGGGACACUAG